GCGACCGCUAAGAGACAGCCAUGGCGACUGAGGAGCGUGAAGGAAGCGCUGCGGAAUCUGCAGUAGCAGAAAUCCAAAAGAAGAUCACCGAAGCCUUUGAAGUGUUUGACCACGAGUGUAAUAAAACUGUGGAUGUCAGAGAGAUUGGCACUAUCAUUAGGUCAUUAGGCUGUUGUCCCAAUGAGGCGGAUCUCCAUGAUAUGCUUGCAGAGGUAAUACCGUCCAAUUCCAGAAGAUGUUCUUUUACGUGCUUUUGAGGUUUUGGAUCAGAAUAAAUCUGGACAUCUAGCUAAAGAUGAUUUGGUAAAGUAUAUGACUGAAGAAGGUGAGCCUUUUACACAGGAAGAAAUGGAAGAAAUGCUUUCAGCAGCAGUAGAUCCAGAAACAAAUACUGUUCGCUACAAGGAUUAUAUUUCAAUGAUGGUUGUGGAUGAAAACUAAGGAUGUUGUUUAAUUUGUGGGUGUGAAUUUAUUGUUUUUAUAUUAACUUCAUUGUAGUUACUGUAUUUGCUUUUGGGCACAAGCAUAAUAAUAAUAAUUACACUGAAAUUUAUGAAAAUACUAUAUUGUUUAUUUUGUGAAAGACCAACAUUCCUAAAUAUCUUAAAGUGUCAAUCUGAUUAUAUAACUGAAAAUAGUAGAAUUCAAAAUUUGCAAAUAAAAUACUAAUUGGGCAAUCUUCAUGACAAUUCACAGGAAAGUUGCAUUGAAUUUAAUAGGAUUAUUAGAAAAAUGUACAAGAAAAAUGUGCAAGAUUGCAAUCUAAGGCUGAAGUAAUGGGUUUACUGAAGAAUAGGUUCUGUUGAAUAUGCUUACUGAAAAAUAAGCAUAACUUAUUUUCAAGAAAGAAAGCAUAGAAUUAUAAUAUACACUGCAUAAAAUAAUGUAAUUAUAGUACUGAACAGGAAAACAGUUUAAAAUUAAUGAAAUAACUCAAACAAAAAUAAGAAAUAAUAGAAGUUCCAAAUGUAGGAAAAACAAAGAAAUGUUACAGUUGUGCUGAAUUCAGAAGAAACCUCAAAACAUUAAAUGUUGGUGUUCAGGCUUCAUUCAAUAAUGGUUAAUAAGCAAACUCAAACCUUUUUUCAUGUUAAAACUUGAUAUCUGUGCUGGGGAGAGUAGAGGUGCUUCUGCUAUUGAAAAGAGUUUCUGGAACUAAAAGAAGAUGUCCUCACUGAGCACACCUUUCACCUUUGUUCCAAUAAAAGGAAUUUAUUGACUUUCA